AUGGUUAUGAAUGAUGGCCUGUUGCGGGUGUUUUGGCCAUAUGAAGUUGCGCUGUCGGAUGCUCCGGGGGUGAUUGUUGGAUGGAGGAAUUCAGAAUUCGACCUGUUUGUGGUCUCGGUGCUAGAGCAUGUUGAGGCACGAAAUGUUGAAAAUGCCCUUCGGACGGGUAUACUAUAUCGAAACAGCCCUCAUCCGAUAUCUCGAAUAUUUGGGCUCUGUGGGAAGCCGGUGAUGCAUGUACUGGGCUCGACGAACGCAGCAGAGGUGCCGACUGCGUUUACUACGUCUCACAUCCAUGUGACAACGAGUCCGUCUACGGGGGUUCCCUUGAUAUACUGUCCUCCCAAUGUGAAGCUACCGCUGCAGGUGAUCAUGUUCAACCGGCCUCAUCCAACCAGGAUGCAGUACAUGUCCCUACGGCCGAUUCCUCUGGCUCUGGGUGACAAGCACACGACGUUUGACAAGGGUGGCGAGACGCUGGAUGAAGUCGAGGUUGCUGAGGGAGAAGCCAGAGCGCAAUCGUCGAGGCUUAUAGCAAAGCGAAGACUGGUAACGGUGGUAAAGCAUGUACCUUCGUCGAAGGAGCAGGCUCUCGCCGUGCUUAUCAACCAGAUCAACUGUUCGUUUGAGAUGGACAGGCUGCUGCAGAGCAACAUCGGGCUGAUUGGGACAAGGCCUAAACGGGCUCUGAGUGUCAGCCAGCGGGUGGUCGAAUCGGCAACGACAGCAUGGGGGGUUAUUCUCUGGGGGAUAACGUAUGUUGUGAUGGCCUGGAUAUACCCUAUUAUCACCAAAGGGUUUAUUGCAUGCCUCAUCGGCCACCGACUGAUAGCUGAGGUGGUGCUGAGGAUCCUGGAAUGGCGAGCGGCGCCAGAUGCAGCAGCGCUGAAGGACAUAUCCGCCACGGCCCAGCAGAUUGAUAUCAGACUGCAGCAGUUCUGCUACUGGCCUAUACAGUACAUGACGCUGCGCAAACGCAAGGACGACUGGGAGAGCGUGACGAACAGCCAUCCGGACUAUAUCAGGUUCUACAACAGUCUCUGGCUGGUGGCCAACGAUGUGAUUAUAGGCAUUGCCCUGGGCUCCUAUAUCGUCGACAACGCGGAUGCGGUGGCCUCUCAGAUCAACUCGGUGCUGAGCGACUGGACGGUCGACGGCCUGCAGCAGACGAUAUCGUGGCUCAUGGGCUGGCCGGCCGGCUUGAAGCUCAAUAACGAGCUGGCUGUCUUUCUGGGAGAUCUCUUCCUCUGGGUUAUCGCCCACUGGGCCAGCGCCCUGGCGAGCCUUCGACCGUUUCUCUCGCACGUCGUCUACAUCAUCGGCUGCGCGAGCUUUGCAGGAGCCAGCAUGGCGAUAGCCAUGUUCUCUGACCUGCUGUCCAUCUUCACAGUCCACAUCUACUCCUUCUACAUCGCGUCUGCGCGCAUCUUCAACUGGCAGCUGACGAUAAUCAUCUCUCUCUUCCACCUCUUCCGCGGCCGCAAGAGGAACGUCCUUCGCAACCGUAUAGACUCUUGCGACUACGACCUGGACCAGCUCCUGCUCGGGACUAUUCUUUUUACCCUCCUCUUCUUCCUGCUGCCUACUAUCCUGGUAUUCUACAUCACCUUUGCCUCUGCACGGAUGGCCAUCAUCUCGUUGAAGGCAGCCCUGGACACCUGCCUGGCCUUUCUCAACCACUUCCCCCUGUUUGCCCUGAUGCUGCGUCUAAAGGACUCUCGACGUCUUCCAGGAGGGACACGCUUCGAGCUCCGCAAACCAGCACUCCCCAAGCCACCAAACGACAAGCUCGAGUACACUGAGACCUCCUACAUCCACCUAAAGUCCGUACCCCUUUCACUGAGAGAGAUGUUCGACCAGUACUUCCGGCUGGGCCACCGUAUCCGCCAGCACUACCUCUCUCCCCGGGUGAUCUUCUGUCUUGCAACCGGCCAGUUCGUGCCUCCCAUCCACCGACGCAACCUGUACAGCCUGCAGUACAGCAUGCUGCCGGCCCAGCGCGUAGGCAUCGUCGACGUCUGGUCUCGACUGACCGCAAAGAGCACGACGGGCAGCAGCAUCCACGGCAGCAGCAGCUCGGGAGGCAGCACUCACUAUCGAACUCCCCCUUUUCCUCUCCAGGACCGCCGGCGUCGAUGA